AUGCCACCCGUCAAGUCCCAAAGUAAAGCAAAUCCCACCAAGAAAGAAGAGGAGGUAAAAAAGGGAAACCAGAAAAAUGUCAGGCGAAGUGGUUCCAAGGCAUCACUGCCUCCCUCUAAAGUGCCUAAUGGGAAACAAAAAGGUAGAGGGAAUGUACAUAAUCUGGAAGACGAAAAUGCAGGGGAUGUAAAGAGCGAUAGAAGGAGCAAAGCAGAGAAAGGAAAAAAGAGAGGUACAGAACAGAAGCCACCACAGAAACAGACAGGGAUCAGAUUAAGAAAUGGGAAAACAGCAAAUGGUAGAUCACAACCUCAACCUGAGAAAGACAAUAAAAGUAAAGUGGGCAUAAACAAGACCACCAAACCCAAACCCCCAAAGGAACCCACAACAAAACAAGGGAGGAUCCACAAGAAGUACCCCACCAAGCCUGAAAACAAGAGAAGUGACAAAGUGACAGAAAGUGAGGAGGAGGAAUCAGAGAGCGAUACAGGAAGCUCAGUGGAGGCGACAGAGGAGGAAACUAGUAAUGAUGAGAAGGAGGAGGAGCGGGGCAGUAGCGAAGAGCCAACUGAGACGCAGGGGAGUGAGGAGAGCGGUAAGGAGGAGGCUGAGGUAUCUGAUACUCCAGGAGAUACUGAGCAGACAGUAGACGAGAAGCCAGACAAAGAACUUGCAGAAGAAGCCAAAUCCAGUAGUGACUCUGAAGUGGAAGCCAUCACGUCCAGUGAAGAAGAAGUGGAAAAACAGAAGGAAGUUGAAGUAUCUGAGGCAGUCAUCAGUGAUGGGGAUGAAGACAAAGAGAUAACCCAGGAGGACACGCCUAAUAAGCCAAGAACUAAUAGAGCCUGCAGACGACACAGGCAGACACCACAACCCCCAAAGCCUACGCAAGAACCGAAAUACAAGAUGUUUAAAAAGACAAAGGCAGAUAAGCAGGCUGAGAAGGCAGAGAAACAGAGGGCCAAAGCAGAAAAACAGAGGUUAGAAAAGGAAGCCAAACAAAAAGCCAAGGAAGAGAAAAAGAACAAAAUGGAAGAAGAUCCAGAUGAUGAAGAAGAGGAGGAAGAACCCACACUGACUAAAGCCAUCAAAGGCCAAAACAAAGUGAUGCUUCUCAAAGCCAAAGGUAAGGACCUCAAAACCAUUCUGGAUCCUGAAGCAGCAAAAGAGGGCCAGCAGGAGGCUGGAAGUGUCAUCAAGGGGCGGCCCCAGAGUUUGCUCUUGGGAAAGGUCAAGAUGGCCUCUCUACGGCACAAAGCAAAUAAGACAUUAGUAAAGCCUGACGAGGAAACAUCAGAAAGUGAAGCUGUUGAUGUGGGGUCCAGCAAAGCAAAAGAACGUCUGAUAGCGCGAAGAAAAGGUGUGACUACUCUUCGCAGAGUGUCUGGUUGGAUUCAAAAGAAAAUGCCAAGAGGGUUAAACCUCAGGAAAAAGGUAUCUGCUUGGACUAAAGCUAUCGGGGUCUCCCGCUGGCUCUCCCUUCGGGCCAUAAAACAGAAAAAAGGCCCUAGAAAAUCCAAGGGCAACUUUCUCAAACAUCGGAUGGCCAUGACAGUCACCAGUAAGACUGGCCUGGGUGGUAGGACAACAAAAACCUCUUCUGAGGUCAAAAUGGCUAAAGAGAAAACUAGGGACGGAGGGGGAGAGGCAGCACCAGCUGGGGAAAAAGAGGUAGAGGCUAAAUAUGCUGUGGUACUCCCCAGGAUGAACAAACUGGGCAAGGCUAAGACAAUCCAGGAGCCCCAGGCUGCUCCUGGACCUUCCACACCAUCAAGCACCACUGAAUCACCAGGAGAGCAUGCUACCUCAGAACCAAAACCCCCAAAGCCAGGUGCCAGGCUCGUGCUUCCUGUCAAACCAGAUCUCAGCCUCCUGAAGUCCAUCAAGAAACCUUUGCUAGGAGGGAUCACAUCAGGUGGAGAUGUGGAAGAGAGGAGCCCUGGGCCCAGUGUUGGUACUGCAGCACCGGAAGGAUCCUCCAACACUGAGGAUACAAACAGGAAACCAGCCUUAAACAAUAAAAAUGGAGUCAAUGUGCUACAGGCUGCAAAAGGGAAACUGGGCCCUUCCAAGAUCAAUCUGACUAAGAUGUCCUUGUCAGGGGGAGUGAUGGGUGCCACACCCACUCGGGCCAAGGGGCCAGACCCAGAGGGAGAGGCUGUAGCUGGAAUACCCAGGUCCAGCACUCAGCCCCUUUCAAAUGGAGAGGCAAGUACUGUGCCGCCAGGUGUACGGUCUGUGUAUGAAGAAGAGGCCGACAGGGAAGUGGCCCAGCUGAUGGGUGAGGGGGCCAUAUAUACUAACGCCCAACCAGAGGUGCACUGGGCUGGGAACCCAAGGAUGAGUGGAAACCCUCAAGACUGGCUGCGUGCUGAGAACCUGCUGCCUCAUCAGACGGUGGAGAAGCUAACCAAGUGGACGGUCUAUAAUGAUGAGGAUCAGGCCAAGACUGUUCCAGCCCACAAUGGCAGGGGUCUCUGGGAAUCAGAGGACCCCACCCAGGAGAUGCUGGAGAGUCGACUAGCCAGCACACAGGUGGUGAUGCAUGGCAGUAAAAGACCUGUAGAGGUGGAUGAAGUGGAGGAUCUAUCUCAACUGGAAGAGGUGUGUGAGAGCUCUGUGCUUUUGAAUCUAAAGAAGAGGUUUCAGCGUGACUGUAUUUAUACUUACAUUGGAAAUAUGCUACUGUCCAUUAACCCCUUCCAGCCUCUUAAUAUCUACACAGAAGAGCUCAGACAGAAAUACCAGGGCAAAGAGCAACAUAGAAACCCACCUCAUGUGUAUGCCUUAGCCGAUGCUGCCUUCAGCCACUCUCAGGACUCCACUCAGGAGCAAUGCAUCAUCAUAAGUGGCCAGAGCGGUUCAGGAAAGACUGAAGCAACGAAGCUAAUAGUUCAUUACCUCAGCUCCAUGUAUCAGGGCAGAAACGACAAUCUCCGACAGCCCAUGGAGGUCUUUCCUAUCCUCGAGAGCUUUGGGAAUGCCAAAACCAUCCUCAACAACAACUCCAGCCGCUUUGGCAAGUACCUCCACAUCCACAUCCUCCAUGGGGUUGUUGUAGGGACUUCAAUGUCCAAAUACCUCCUUGAGAAGUCCAGGGUUGUCUUUCAGGCCAAUGAAGAGAGAAAUUACCAUGUGUUCUAUGAGCUGCUUGCAGGUAUGAACGACUGGGACAAACAGGAGCUCUACCUGCAGGGAGCUGAGACCUAUUACUACCUAAACCAAGGUGGUGCCUGUGAGUUGAAGGGGAAGCAGGACAAACAGGACUUCCAGCUUUUAGUUCAGUGCUUCGAGAUCAUCGGUCUCCAUGCAGACCAGAUCUCCACCGUCUGGGCCAUCCUGUCCUCCAUCCUGCAGCUCGGCAACAUCUGCUUCAGCUCCUAUGAGAGUGAGUCGUUUGAAGUGGCUCGUAUCUUCAGCGAGGCAGAGGCCAAGAGGGUCGGUUCAUUGCUGCAGAUUUCCUCUGAAGCGCUGCAGACCGUCAUCACACACAGAGUCACAGAGACAACCUACGACAGGAUCUACUGCCCCCUGUCUGUGGAAAGUGCCAUAGAAUCCAGAGAUGCCAUUGCCAAAGCCUUGUAUUCAGUGCUGUUUGACUGGUUGUUGGAGCAGAUCAAUGACUGGCUGAGUCCCACAGAGAUGGACAGCACUGUGGGAAUAGUGGACAUAUACGGGUUCGAGGACCUGGGAGUGAACAGCUUUGAGCAGCUGUGUAUCAACUUUGCCAAUGAGCAGCUGCAGCACUUUGUGAACAAGGCGGUGAUCUCUCAGGAGCAGGAGGAAUACAGUGCGGAACAGAUCCAGUGGUACCCAAUGCCACUUAAGGACUUUCACUCCUGUCUGGAGUUGAUGUCCUCCAGGCCACAUGGGAUCCUCCGUAUACUUGAUGACCAGACCUCCCUCCCCCAGGCCACUGACCACACAUUCCUCCAGAAGUGCCACUACCACCAUGGGAACAGCCCCUACUAUGCCAAGCCCAAGAACCCACUGCCAGUCUUCACUGUCUAUCACUAUGCUGGAGCUGUCACCUAUCAGGUCCAUAAUUUCCUCAAUAAAAAUCAUGACCAGUUCAGGACAGAAGUGGUAGAGCUUUUUGCCAGGAGUCGCUUAAAGAUGGUGUCGGAGUUGUUCCGGAAGGUUCAGGACGGUUACAUCCAGCAGAGAGAACUGGGCUGGAGAGGGAAAGGCCUCCGCCAGCAGCCCUCUACUGCUGCCUCACAUUUCCUACAGUCCCUUUCUGAACUCACCACCCGUCUGGAGAGAUGCAAAACCACUUUCAUCCGUUGUCUGAAGCCAAACUAUGUCAAGCUUCCUGGGAUCUUUGACGUGGACUAUGUGUCAGCCCAGCUGAGGCAUGCUGGGAUGCUGGAGACCAUUCACAUCAGGAAAGAGGGUUUCCCUAUCAGGAUUCAGUACUCUCUCUUCGUUGAGAGGUAUGGUGUGUUGCUGCCCCAACGCUCCAGCGAGGUGACGGACAGAGAGCAUACUUUGGCUCUGGUGAACAUGGUCGGUGCAGAAGAGGGACAGUACCAGCUGGGACUCACCAAGGUGUUCCUCAAAGAACAUCUGUACCAGCAGCUGGAGGAGAAGUGGAGCAGCACUCAGACCUGGGCUGCUGUCACCAUCCAGAGGAACAUCAGGGGCUUCCUCUGCAGGAGGAACUUCAGAUUCUUCAAACAGAAAGCCAUCGUCAUCCAGAGCCACAUCCGAGGACACCAGGCCAGGAAGUACUACAAGCGUCUGAAGCAGUCUUUCACCCAGUUCUGGGCCGUGAUGAUGAUUACCAGGAACACCAUCAAGAGACGCCAUUGGAGGAAGGAAUUUCAGGAGAGGAACAAAGUAAAGGAAGUCACAAAGACAAAGUCUCCCUCUCCAAGAAUGGAUGUGGGAAUGUUAGAGAUCCCUGCUGAGCUGUCAGCCAGACUUCGCAGCGCAUCAGGGCGGCAGUAUGCAUUAGGAGUCACAGAGGUAGCGCCUCCACAGGUGAAGGCAAGACACCAGCUCUCCCUGCCUCUGGAUAUAGACAGAUACCCAUUUUCUCGCUAUGCCAAGUCUGUAUUAAAGGAUACAUGGUGCCAGAAACAGGGAUACCCCCUCCAGACAUCCCUCACCCCUCUGGAGCCAGAAGAUGCCAGAGUUGCCCUGGAGAUUAACAAACUGAUCUUGCGGUUUACAGGUGAGCCAGACAUGACCAGCUGGCAGGAGCAGACGAUGGGUAACUACAUAGUGGAAAAGUGCCAGAGCCGACCGGCCCUGAGGGACGAGAUCCUGGCCCAGCUGAUUUACCACACGUGGGACAUGACUGAAGCGCAGGGCAGCCUGAGAGGCUGGCUGCUGCUGGCCAGCUGCCUCAGUGCCUUCACCCCCUCACCAACACUAGACAAACACCUGCUCAAGAAUGUUUCUGACCACGGUCCAGGGGAGUACCGUUCACUGUGCCAACACAAACUGCUCACAUCACUGCAGCUUCCAGCCCCCACUGCCCGCAUGUAUCCCCCCACCCAGCUAGAGUGGACUGCCAACCAGAGGAAGGGCACCAUGCUGCUGGACAUAAACACCUUCAAUGAUGAAAAGAUGUCAACUGAAGUAGAGUCAUGGACAACAGGAGAGCAGCUGGCCUCAUGGCUUCUGCAGUUCAGAGGUGUUUCGGAGGCCACCCAAGGCUGGUCGGUGUCUCUCCUGAAUGAUGAUGGUUGGUCUGACCUUGCUGGCUCAGACUUUGUCAUGGAUCUGCUGGCUGGAGCUGAAGCUGAGGUGCUACCACCACCCGGUACCCCCUCCUCUACCAACUCUGACUACCUGUUCAGCAACCAAGGAGACAGAAUGAUGGGUAUGGAUCCAUACGAAUUCAUCCCACCAGCACCUUCCAUGCAAGCUCCAGGGCUGCCCCCUUUUGAUGGAAACCCCUUGGGAAUGAAUUAUCCACAGGAAGGCCGUGGUCGACAGAUGGAUGCCUACGUUGAUGACUUGUUUGAUCCUGUACUGGACCAUGGACCCCUGGACAUGGACAGAGUGUCUAUGCUAAGCCGCAGAAUGAGAGGUGGAGGAGGGAUUGGACCCAUGUAUGGAGCUGGUAUGCCUAUGACCAUGCCAACCUAUCCUAUGGGAGCUUCAAUGCCCAUGAUGCCAGCUAUGAUGAUGCCUCAGGUUGACCCCAUGCAACAGAUGGCAGCAUCACAGCAAGCCCUCAUCAACCAGCAAGCCGCUGUCUUGGCCCAGCAGAUGACCACGCAGGCGAUGACUCUGUCCAAGCAGCAGACGGAUGAGCAGAAGAGGAAGCUGGAGCAGAAGCAGAGGGAGCUGGAGAGAAAGGAGGAGGAGAAGCUGCGGAGACGUCGGUCAGACCGGCGCACCAGGGUGCGCUCACCCUCACGCUCACCUUCACGCUCACCCUCACGCUCUCCCUCACCCCCACCUGCCCGGCGCAAAUCUCAUGUACCCAAACGCACCUCCAGCUUCAGGAAGCCCUCGCCUGAGCCUGAGAGAACUGUGGACUUACCAGAUCCAGAUGACCUGCAGUCUUUCGGAGAGAAGAGGGACUUCUUCAAGAAGAUUAGUGAAAACAAACCCUCAAAACCACGUACAACCUCUUUCAACCGACCCAAAGAGCGACGACGUUCCCCACCUGCACGUCGACCAUCACCUCCACCUACAGCACCUAAACCUGAGCGUAAGGAGAAGAAACAAGUGAAGCCUGGUCCCUCCACCCCUGCCAAGAAAGAGGACCCCCCGAAGACAGCUCCUCUGUCCGAGCCUCGGCCCGAACCCACCUCCAACAUCCGGGAAAUCAUCAAACAGUACAACAGCCGACCCCAACCAGAACCCAAACCCUUUGAGCCCUCCAGACCUGCUGCAAAGCACUUUGUAAAGAAGGAUGAUCCCAAAGCAGAAGCUCUGGCCAAACUCAGAACCAAAGCUCCAGUGCAACAACAGAAGAAACAGUGGGCGCCACCUCCACCACCAGCCAAGCAGCCUCCUUUUAAGCCUCCCUCCCCGCAGGAUUCCCCUUCCUCCACCGGUCCGCGUGUCAUCUCCAACAGCAUGAGGGAGAAGCAGAGCUACCUGGCCGACCUGUUUGGCUCCGGGCGCCUCCAGCAAGCUCCGCCCCCACCCCCCGAUUCCCCGCCUCCUCCUCUGCACCCGGCACCCAUCUUUCAGGACAUUCCGGACCCACCACCCAUGGCUGCUCCAUCUCUCGAUAUGAUGUCAGAAGAUGGGGGCAUUCGUUCCCAGUACCACCGCUUCUCAGCCGGUGUCUACUUCUCUUACUCCAGCAUGCCGGGACAACUCUUCCUGCGCAAAGAGGUGUUUUACCCCCGAGAGAGGUUCGACCGGCCCUACAUCCUCAAUCUAUUAUGUGAGCAGAUCAUGAGGGACACUUACUCUGACAGCUGUGUGAGGAUCAACAGAGAAGAGAGGAGGAAGAUGAAGGAUCUGCUUGCAAAUUUUGGCGUUGGAUCGAGUAUCAGCAACAUCCAGGACAACAACAUGAAGAAGAGGAUCGUCAUCGCUGCUCGGGACAACUGGGAGACUUAUUUUGCUCGCCUGUUCCCUAUAAAGAUGGACAUGGGGGAAGCACAGGUUUUGGGUGUGUCUCAUCGUGGCAUUCGUCUCCUGAAAGUGGUCAGAGCAUCAGGCAUCAACCCCAAACACCUCCACCUGCUCAGGAGCUACAGUUUUGCAGAGCUGCUGUCAGUGGAGCUCCAAGGUGCAGACAAAGUUCAACUGGAGCUGAAGGGUGAGAACUUAGUGCUGCAUUCCAACAGAGCUCCUCAGAUCACUGCCAUGCUCCAACUCUUCCUCCAUGAGCUCCUCAAGAGCUCGGAGCAUGUGGUCGCUGUGAAGAGUUAUGUGACAGAUGACACCAGUCUGCUCAGCUUCAGCAGAGGUGAUGUCAUCAAACUCCUGCAAAUGGAUAACCUCCAGAGAGGCUGGUAUUUUGGCUCCCUGGGAGGACGCUCUGGUCUUUUCCCAGAGGACUUCACCCAGCCAUGCGCAGCCCCGGACUACCACUGCCUCCACCUUGAUCGACGAGAUGAGAGGAGGAAAAGCAUGAGGGUCACUAGACCUCGCAGUCCUACCAGACCUCUCAGUCCUCUCAAUCCUGUCGGUGCUGUCGGUACUGUCGGUGCUGUCAGUGCUACCAGGCCUGUCAGUGCUGCCAGGCGUGCCAGUGCUGCCAGGCGUGCCAGUGCUCCCAGGCCUGUCAGUCCACCCAAGAGCCCGUCUCCACGUCCCGCCAGCAGAAACAGCGCUGUUUCAAAGCAGACCCACAGCAGAAAGCCUUCAAUGCAGAGCUCCAACCACAGCCCAAUCCUGGAGCCGGGGGUCAUCACAAUCAUGACUGAGUUUUCCAUGAAAUACUUCAGAGUGGGGACGACGGGUCUGCCAGCUAAUGGAAGGAACUUUACAGAGUCAGUUCUACACAGUCAGGUGGCCAUACAGGAGUCCCUCAUUCUCUACAACGAGCCUGAACUCAAUGAGUUAUCAGUGGAAUGCUUUAUUACUCUGAUGCAGUUCAUGGGUGACAUCCCCAUGCAAAAGGAGAACAGCCCAGAAGAAUGCCUGAGCUCCAUCUUAAUGCUUGGGAAGGAAAAGGAGCUACUGAGAGAUGAAGUCUACUGCCAGAUCAUCAAGCAGACCACCAACAACCCAACCAAUAAUACACAUAUACUCCACAGAUCCAGCUGUACGAUGGGUUGGAGGCUGUUUAACCUGGUGACCGGGUUCUUCCCCUGCUCCUCUACUCUGUAUCCUUACGUCUCACAACACCUGCAGGACAUCUCUCAGGACUACGAACACCCGUACCAAGAGCUGGCCAAUGUGUGUCAGGAUAACCUUCAGCGCUCUCUCAGUUUCGGCGGGCGUCGUAACAUCCCCUCACAUGUGGAGAUGGAAGCCAUAAUGGCUGGUAAAACCUCACGACGCAUUCCUAUCAAGCUUCCAGGAGCGGUGGACUUCCCCAUCAAGAUCCGCAGCUUCAGUAUGGUAGCAGAAGUGGUAACACAGUUCUGUGGGGAAAUGGGAAUCACAAAUCAGUCAGAAAUGAAAGAGUUCACCAUCUUCGUCAACCGACACGAAGAUGAGUUGGUGCGCCCUCUCCACCCUGAGGAGUACCUGUUCGACUUCCUGGUGGAUGACACCUCCAUCUUCCUGUCACUGAAGAGAGUGAUGUGGAAAACGCCAUUGUUUUUCAACGGCGAACUCUAUGUGGAUUUCCACUACCAGCAGCUCCUGGGUGACUACCUGAACGGGCAGCUGAGGCUUUCUGCUGCUGGACCCACAUUAGUGCAGCAGGUAGCAGAGCUGGCAGCGUUGCAGCAUGUGGGUCAUGGAAUGAAUAAUCAGCCUACAGUGGCGGAGUUAAAGGAGUACCUGCCCUCACAGGAUGGAAUCCACAGUAAAGUGGAGGAGAUCCACAAUUUCUGUAUGGCACAGUUAGCUUCCAUGCAUUCCCUCAGCCCUCAAGAUGCUAAAAUGCAAUUCAUUGAGUUUGUGAGCAGUCUGCCUCUGUUUGGCUCCAACACUUUCUUUGCUCAGAAGGUGAGCCAGCGCGGCUGUCCUUCCCCCUGCAUGGUCAGCAUCAGCCAGGAGGCGGUGAUGUUCAUUAACCCUAAAACACAGGAGAGAGUGUUUACGAUAUCUCUACCAGAAGUGCAGUCUAUGCGCACCAUCCGCCCCAAGAAACUCAACAAAGUGCCAUCGAUGGAAAUCCAUUAUGGCCAUCCAACCCGUCCCAAAAAAGUCACCAUUCAAAUCAAACAGGCCAAGCAGGUGUGCCACACCCUCGCUCUGAUAAUGGAAGAAGUAGUCCGACCAUCAGUCUCCAGCUCCAUUUCAAAUCACUAGUCCACACACACACACAGACACAC